AUGUCUAAAAAGCUGCCCAGUCGUCGAUCGCUUCAACCAUAUCUCUACCUCCGGGUCCCCGAGUGCCGUGAGGCUAAUGGCAGUGGCCAGUCUUCAGGCUACCACAUGUCAGAUGAGUCAGAGAAUCAUAAGACAUCUCGUUCCUCCAGGUGCGUAUCGGGAAACCAAACUGUAAAACGCGUCUUGUUGGAAUACGACCGCUUCGAGCAACCGAGGAGGGAUAUGAUGGACGAAUUCGAUGGUGUGGGGGUGCAGGUGAAGGAGAGGGGGACGCUCAUUGAGUCGUCGGUAAUUUCGUUCGUGUCGGGAUUCAUGGCUAACACGGGGCUCCUGGGCAAUCUCAAUCAGUGGAUUUUGUGGCCAUGA